GCUUGUUGAGUUGCCUGUUGCUCCUACUGACCCUGCUCUAACUGAUGCACCCGAGGCUCUUGUAUUGUAUGAGGCUCUAGCUGACCCUGCUUCAAUUGAUGUUCCCAAGAUUUCUGAGCUGUCUAAGAUUCCAGCUAUCCCUGCUUCAAUUGAUGAUUCUAAGGUUCCUAAGCUACCCGAGGCUCUAGCUGACUUGACUGCAAGGAUUUAA